UGCUGAUGUAGUUUCUGCAUUCAGGAAGUACAAGAUCCAGCUCUGUAGUAGUACCAUGCUCAUCGGGAACCAUGGCCGGGACGUCGAGCUUGCACAUCAUGAAGCCCACAGACCUCAUUAAGAAGAAGCCUCUGGAUUAUGGCGGCUUUGGUGAGGUGUUCCUGUGCUACCAUAAAACACUGGGACAUGUGGUGUUGAAGACCGUCUACUCUGGACCUUUAAAUCAUGCACAUCAUGAAAAGAAAUCUCUGCUGGAGGAAGGCAAUCUGAUGAACAGCCUGAACCAUGAGCGUGUGGUUAAAUUGCUCGGCGUCAUCCUGGAGAACGGAGUUCACUCACUUGUCAUGGAGCUCAUUCCAAAGGGCAAUCUUAUGGUUAUGCUGCAGAAAGUUGUUGUUCCUAUAUCCAUCAAAGGAAGGAUCAUUCUGGAGGUCCUUGAAGGAAUGGUUUAUCUAAUCAAAAACAACGUCAUUCACAAGGAUCUGAAACCAGAAAACAUCUUGGUGGAUGAGAAGUUUCAUAUAAAGAUUGCUGACCUUGGACUGGCCACAUGGCAGACGUGGAAAUCCCUGUCCCGCCGUAGUAAGAGUCGUGGCAAAAAAUCUUGUAUGGAAGAAUCCGGGACGCUGUGCUACAUGGCCCCAGAACACCUGAAGAGCAUUCAUACCCAAUUUACUGAAAAAUCAGAUGUCUACAGCUUUGGCAUUGUCGUCUGGGUCAUCAUGACCACCCAUGAGCCAUAUGAAAUUGCCAGCAGUCAAGCGCAGAUCUCCAACUGUGUCUGUCAGGGCGACCGGCCCAAUGAAAGCCUCAUUCCAGACAGUGCGCCAACAGAGAUGAGCAGUCUUAUGAAAAAAUGCUGGGAUCAAGACCCUGUAAAACGACCAACUUUUCAAGAAAGCUUUGCAGAAUUUUUGCCUUUUUACAGGCAGAAGUUAGAGGGAGACGUGAAUAAGGAUUUGGAAGGACUUAUGGACACGUAUGAAGGUCCUAUAUCAGAGCUGGAAGAGAAUAUGAAAGUCCUUACAACAGAACCGGAAAAUGCUCCUGCAGGACUGAACGCGCCAUCCUACCCGGCACGCACCGGUGACUCCCCCACUCCUCUCAGAAGCACAAAUAUGGAGCCCAUAGAAGCAAGCCUGGAGGACAUGAAUCUCCUGUCUACAGAUAAUCUUCAAGUGGAUGCUGUGCCUGCCAAUCAUGCCACCCCUGCCAUUUCCCUCAGUUCUCCUCCUGCCAACCUGGAACAGAAACUGCAGCAGGAGUUUAAUUAUCACAAACACGGCAGCUACACAGCGGAGCAGCAAAACCUCCCUCCACACAACAGCCCCGGAUUGUCUCUGCCUGGUUACAGGUGUGGUACAGACCUUCCACAGCAAGUGUCCUCCGUGCAAUCCUGGACCAAACCGAACCCUGUAGCCGAACUGGGGUUGGCUACCUCACUAUCACCAUCUCAAGAGGCAUUUUCCAGACCGGAUUAUGGGAGCCACAUGUCAUUACCAAACUCACAAUUUGAACCCUACCAGUACCAGAAACCGCCGAUUGAACGUACACAUUCGUACCCUGACAACAUUGCAGAUACAAGAAAAAUGAUGUACUCACAGCCAGAAACAGGUGGAUCUUUAUACAUCAACAAUUCCAGCGGGAUCCAAAUAGGAAACAACAACACGAUGCACAUCCGUGGUCUGGACAGCGGCUCUACUAGCUCACAGUCCGGUGCAUCGUCUUCCAAUAAGUAUAUAGACCUACUAAAGAAAUAUGGGGACCAUGCUGUCACUGAAGACCAUCUGAAUCUGGUUCGUCAGAACUUGGGCUCCAGUUGGAAAAGCUGUGCCAGAAACCUGGGCCUCACCAAUUUGGAUUUAGAGACUAUCGAGCACGAUUAUGAGCGUGACGGCCUGAAUGAGAAGGUGCACCAGAUGCUGAUGCGUUGGAAGAUGAAGGAGGGGUUUCAAGGCUGCACCGUGGGCAAACUGUGUCGUAGCCUGCAUGGCUAUGUCAAUCCAAAAGUGCUUGUUGAUCUACUGAACAUAUCUAACAACUGCCCUGCUCCUUAGUUGCCAUUCUGGAGAUCCAUUUUUCUCAUGAAUUAUGAUGAAUAAGAGGAUUGGGGGAGGAGGUGUUUGUUUUUGUGGUGUUUUAUAUGUCUAUCAAGUUGUAUGACACUUUUGUAUUGUAGAUAAGGGAAUUUGUCAUGUGCUCUAAUAUGUGCCUUAAUAUGAACCAGUGUCUUCAGUGUCCUGAUCAUAGACUAGCACCCGUCACCUCCUACAAGUGUGCAGUCGGUGGCCGCUUCUUUAUUACCGUUAGCGGUGGAUUUUCACAGAAAGCCGAACCACCAUACUGAGAUUUACGCUAUGCUCUUUGGGAAUCAUCCACCACUUGUGCCACCGGACAGCAGAGAUUGUGUUUUGCACAGCUAAUUGUGUCAACUGGACACCUGACCACUGCUGAGAACCUGAGCUCUCCAGUGUGGUAGGUUAGCAUGUUAGACCGGUGCACCAAACAAAAUCCAAACAAGAUAAGAACCAGUUUGUAAUGGGUUAAAGGUUUGGUGAUUUUACUAGCCAGUCAGUGUCCCACUUUUUAGCCAUGCUUGUCAAUCCAGCCCCACACAGAUAUAGUGUUUAGUCAAAGAGAACAAAGACAACAGUCUACUGGUCAAGCAUUCAGACCUGGACUUCUGUCCUGGUCAGUGUGAGUGUUGACCAUUGUUUAAAAACCCAACACAUGGAUAUAUUUUUUUUUGUUUGUUUGUUUUGUUUAUGCAUUUUCUCCCUUUAUCUCCCAACUUCAGCACAUCCAAUUGCCCGAUUGCGCCAUGCUUCCUCUCCACCAAUGCCGAUCCCCGCUCUGAUUGAGGAGAACGAAGCUAACCCACGCCCCUUCCGACACAUGGGCAGCAGCCGUAUGCAUUUUGUCACCUACACUUGACGAGUACAUAUGCAGAUCAGCACUGUGUACAGAGAGACACACCCUGAUCAGCGCACUCUUUCCUCACCUCUGUGCGGGUGCCAUCAAUCAGCCAGCAGAGGUCGUAAUUGCAUUAGUUAUGAGAGAGUCCCUAUCCGGCUUAAUAUCCCACCCCUAUAUGAACAACAGGCCAAUCGUUGUUCAUGUGGCUGCUCAGCCCAGCCGGCAGGCAGAGCUGAGACUCGAUACGAUGUAUUUUAGCGUGUGUUUGAGGGGGUGUUUUUGUCCUUUUUGCAGUUUGUUUAACACACCAUUAUUUCUCAUUGCUGCUCUUGACGUCUUCUGCAGACACACCAGUCUGGCCAAAGACUAAACAUCCUGUUAUAUGCCAGGUACUGAACCAGUAGACAUUAAUUAAUGUGAAUGCAUGUGAAUCAUUUGUUGUCUGGACAAUGUAUGUUUAAAUGCAUGUGUGUUUGGGAAUAUUUACACUCCCAGUACAAUAGUUUACUUCCUAUUUGAAACCUUGCUUGUGGAUCUUUAAUGGAAGUUUUUGGGGAUGCACUGGUUCAGAAAAAAACCCUGAGUUGGUGUUUUGUUAGUAAUGGAUGGCGUGUGUCCUUUAUCUCUCAUGGGUUCUGAGCUGGGACUUGAUCUGAUGACAGUAGAUCAUAAUAAGGGUAUCGUCAACCUAGAAGAGACAAUUUUAAUGAGGAAACGAUCCAUUAUAUUGAUUAAAUGUUUUAGUAUGUUUCUUAUUUGCCUGCAUUAUUUACACAGAAAAAAUAUGUAAUUGUUUAUGCAGAUUUUUUGUAAUUCCACAAGUUUAAUGUCAAACACAGUCAUGGCCAAUUUUGUAUCUCCAAUUCACCUCACUUGCAUGUUUUUGGACUGUGGGAGAAAACCCACACAGACACAGGGAGAACAUGCAAACUCCACACAGAAAGGACCCGGACUGCCCCACCUGGGGAUCGAACCCAGGACUUUCUUGCUAUGAAGUGACUGCUACCCACUGAGCCACCAUGCUGCCCCAAACAAAUUAUAUUAAACAUGUAAGACAAAAAAUA